UUUUCAUAUAAAAUACCUUCAAUGGUGGAUAUUUUAAGACCGGGGAUGUUUAGUUAUAGAGUAGAAUGGGUAUCAGGUACCACUAGUUUGAAUAUAAUUAAAGAGUUAGAGGUAUUUAAACCAAUUAGAUAAAACUAAUAAAGCCUAAGGUCAUUCGGAAGAACCUACCCACGAUUGCAAUUUGCAGAGCCCUUAAAAGGAGCAUAGAGAUGAGCAACAUAAAUAGAUUCAUUAAUCUCAGACUAAUUAAAUAUUUAGUUGCAUUUGUUCAAAGUCAUUUAAUUGGCGAAAAAAAUGGCGGUAUCAAAGAUUCUCUCAAAAACGGAAUCGAUCAUUUCUAUUGAGCAAAAUAAUCGAUAAAUUCGAUUUUGAAAUCGAGCUUAUCCCAGCCCUAACAAACCACUCAACACACUGUUGAAAACAACUGUAAAUGACCAUAUUCGGUGAUUUACAAAAAAAAAACUGCAUUGCAACCGGCUGGUAACUCUAAUGCGAAUUAACGUUAUUAAUCGACGUCUAACGAUAACUAUCGGAAAAAGCGCUUCUUAGAAGCAAAAAAAGUUGCAACUCAUUAAAGUUGGACCGGGAAGCACAGUAGCUGAAAAGUGUCCUGACAGCGGCGUUCCUUGAAGAAGAUCAACCAGUCUCAGGAGCACCAAAGAUUGAGAUGGCACCGAGACUCCUUCGCGAACAUUCCCCAAUGCUGCGCAGACGAAGGAGCGGGCUGCCUGUAAUUUUUGAUCCAGCACGUGAUCCCAUUCAACCAGAUCCAGGCUCGGCUGUGCAGCGAAUUUCGGUCAACAACUAUAUGAUUGACACACAGCUCUUGGUCGACCACCGACCUGCUCUGCCUGUACGAGACAGGAACAUGGCUACCAUGAUGCUCGUCUUCUCUACCGGCGUACAUCGAGAGAUUAUAUUUCCCCUACCAAGGCAGAAUAUCACCGUGCAGGAUCUUCUUCGCCAAUGCGGCGUGCACUUCGAGCGCAACACCAUCAUCCAAUGCGAGGAGCUCGGGAGAAAUUGUAUCGACAUUGUGGUGCGAGUAGGAUUCUAUUUGAGCAGACUGCUCACCCAAUGGGCUGCCGCUGGUCAUGGACCACCUCUCCCCUCGCCACUGGAGCAAAUCUCGCCCAACAACUAUACAGUUCACCCGCAGCACGUGCGAUACCAUGAAGGGGGUCGAGCCAAAAUGUUCAUAAUCCAGGUCAGCGGCCAAAAUGUCCUAGUGACUUUCACAUUGCCGGGGGAGUCGUGCACCGUGCAGGAUCUUCUUCAGCAGUUCGGCGUGACCUUCGACAACUCAACCAAUAUUAGGUGCUGGGACCACCAGCAGAUCAACGGCCACCAUUUGGCCUUUUUGGUGUCCCUAGGACUGCCACUUCACGAUACGAUCAUUCGACUGUCGCACCGAGCUCUUCAGCUGCUGCGAGCCAACGACUAUUCUUCAAAGACAUUGUAACCCGACUAUCAGUGGACAGAAGAGAUUUAUCAAAAGAAAACAACUUUAAUAACUUCAUUGUAAACCGAAUUAU